AUGGACGAUAGAGGGGGUUCCUUCGUCGCUGUGAGGAGGAUUUCGCAGGGUCUCGAUCGAGGCAACACGUGCCAUUCAACUUCUGCUGAGUUUGUGACAGGAUCAACAGCAUGGCUUGGCAGAGGUUUGUCCUGUGUCUGUGCACAGAGAAGAGAAAGUGAUGCUCGACCCUCUUUUGAUUUAACGCCAGCCCAGGAGGAGUGCUUGCAGAGGUUACAGAGUCGCAUAGAUAUUCCAUAUGAUAGUUCUAUUCCUGAGCACCAGGAUGCUCUAAGAGCUUUAUGGAAUGCUGCAUUUCCUGAAGAAGAACUCCGUGGCCUGAUCUCUGAGCAGUGGAAGGACAUGGGCUGGCAAGGGAAGGAUCCAUCAACAGAUUUUAGGGGUGGUGGUUUCAUAUCAUUGGAGAAUUUAUUGUUUUUUGCUAGGAAUUUCCCGAAAUCCUUUCAAGAUCUUUUACGGAAGCAGGAAGGAGAUCGGUCAGUGUGGGAAUACCCAUUUGCUGUUGCUGGUGUUAACAUCACAUUCAUGCUUAUUCAGAUGCUCGAUCUUGAAGCAGUCAAACCUCGGACUCUGGUGGGAGCAACCUUCCUAAAAUUUCUUGCAGAUAAUGAAUCAGCUUUUGAUCUUCUCUAUUGCAUUACAUUCAAGAUGAUGGAUCAACUAUGGCUUUCUAUGCGUGCAUCAUACAUGGAUUUUAACACAGUAAUGAAAUCUACACGCCGUCAGCUGGAGAAAGAGCUUCUGCUUGAAGAUAUAAUGCGGCUAGAAGAUAUACCCUCUUACAAACUUCUCACACGAUAG